AAUGGUAUGGUGUGUACACUCUAGUACUGAUCUCUAAGGGGACACAGGGAACAACAUAGAACCGACAGAAGGAGGGGGAGAGAGUGAAUAGUUCAGACAAGCUGCUGAUCAGACCGGUUGCUCAGUUUUCCUGUCUCCCUUGUUUACAGCAUAGGGGAGAAGCAACACGAAUAAACCUGACACAUCACAACCAUGCACAUUAUAGAACACCUACUGCACGGUGCUGAGCUUGAAUUACAGUGUCGGAUCAAGCAGUCGUGAAUAAUAUAACUAAAUCAAUCGAUUAAUUAUUGAAUUAAGGAUUGCUCGUCUUCUUGACGUCAUUUUAAUCAGCUGAAGUGUCUUGAUAGUGGGGUAGCAUUGCGUUCUAGCGACCAGACAGGUGUUGCCUUAAUUAAGGGUAUUCUAUUCUUGGUCCUACGUGAAAUUGACAAGGAGGGGGACCCGUGAUCGCAAGCUCUGUUGCCUAUUGAACCUACCUGGGGCUGAACAAUGCAGGUGUCUCCUCUUAUCAACGAAGCACCAUUGUUUUAACAUCGAUCCGGGCAGUUGAAAUAUUACAAGCCAGCUUUACUGAUCCAACGAUGAAGGAGACCGGGGACUCCAAAGACCAGCAGCUCACUGUGGCCCUGCGAAUCCGGCCCUUGAGUGAGAUGGAGAAAGAAGAAUCGGCCUCUAUAGUGGCUCACAAGGUGGACAACCAGAUGGUUGUUCUCAUGGACCCUUUGGAGGACCCUGAUGACAUCUUGCGUGCGAACCGCUCCCGGGAGAAAUCCUACCUCUUUGACGUGGCGUUCGAUUACACAGCCACGCAGGAAGAUGUGUACAGAGCGACCACCAAAGGGUUAAUUGAGGGGCUCAUCUCAGGGUACAACGCCACCGUCUUUGCCUACGGACCCACAGGCUGUGGGAAGACAUAUACCAUGCUGGGGACGGACCGGGAGCCAGGGAUCUAUGUGCAAACCCUCAACGACCUGUUCAAGGCCAUCGAGGAGACCAGCGUUGACAUGCAGUACAGCGUCUCCAUGUCCUACCUCGAGAUCUACAAUGAGAUGAUCCGAGACCUGCUGAACCCCUCCGCUGAGUUCCUGGACCUGCGGGAGGAUUCGAAAGGAGUCAUCCAGGUGGCUGGGAUCACCGAAGUCUCCACCAUUAAUGCCAGGGAGAUCAUGCAGCUCCUGAUGAAAGGGAACAAGCAGCGCACGCAGGAGCCGACGGCAGCCAAUCGGACGUCGUCUCGCUCGCACGCGGUGCUACAGGUGGCGGUGAGGCAGCAGAGCCGCUGUCGGGACAUCCUGCAGGAGGUGCGAUUCGGGAGGCUCUUCAUGAUCGACCUGGCCGGCUCUGAGCGGGCCUCACAGACUCAGAACCGCGGUCAGAGGCUGAAGGAAGGCGCUCACAUCAACCGCUCCCUGCUGGCGCUGGGGAACUGCAUCAACGCGCUGAGCGAGAAGGGGGGCAACAAGUAUGUCAACUACAGGGACAGCAAACUCACACGCCUGCUCAAGGAUUCUUUGGGUGGGAACAGCCGCACAGUGAUGAUCGCCCACAUUAGCCCCUCCUCCACUGCCUUCGAGGAGUCACGGAACACGCUGACGUACGCUGACCGUGCCAAGAGCAUCCGGACACGGGUGAAGAGGAACCUGCUGAACGUGUCCUAUCACAUCGCCCAGUACACACACAUCAUCUCAGACCUGCGCAGCGAGAUCCAGCGACUCAAGAAGAAGAUCGAUGAACAAGUCAAUGACGGGGCCAACAUCCGCAACGUGCAAGCGGAGGUGCAGGCCCACUCCACUAAGCAGGACCGACGAGAGAUGGAGAGGCUCCGUGGGCAGCUCAUCGAUGCCUUCCACCAGCAGAUGGAGGUCCGGAAGAGCCUGAUGGAGCUGGAGAACAACAACAUGGAGAUUCAGAUCGACACCUCCAAGCACCUGCUCACCAUCGCAGACUGGGAGCAGGAGAGGUCGCGACGGGCCCGGAAGUGGCGAGCGGAGCAGCGCAAGGAGAGCUCCAGCAAGGAGGAGAGCGAGAAGGAUUCGGACACGUCCGAGGAACCGUUCACUGGCAUGGAGACACACGAGGUUGCCAUGGCGAGGGAAAACCUGGCCGCCCUCAUGUCUGCGAAAAAGAAGGUCCGCAAGCAGAAGGUGGAGCUGGAGAGGCGGUUCCAGGAGAUCCGGGUGCGUGCCCAGCGGCUGGAGGAGAUGCUGCCGCAGCGGGUGAGCUCGGAGGAGCAGCGGGAGGUGCUGAGGCUGCUGUGCAAGGUGCACGAGCUGGAGAUCGAGAACGCAGAGAUGCAGUCCCACGCGCUGCUCAAGGACAACGUCAUCCGGCAGAAGAACUACGUGGUGCAGCGCUUUGAGCAGCACCGCAGCCUGUGCGACGAGAUCAUCCAGCAGCAGAGGCAGUUCAUCGAUGAUCACAACCUGCUGGUGCCUCCCCAGUUGCAGGAGCUGUAUAAGCUGUACCUGAGGGAGCUGGAGGAGAGGAACCUGGAUGGGGUCAUGGCUCUGGACAAGUUCACCAUCCGCUCACUCAAGGACAGCUCCCUGCCCAAGAUCCACCUGCCUGAGAAGGGCCAGCACCCCAUUCAGGAUAUGGACUCGGACCAGGAGAGUGUGCGCACCAUGGGCUCGGAGACCAGGAGCAUCCGUGGGAAAGCGCGCCGGCACACCUUGCCUCCCAUCAUCCCUGAGCCGGAGAGCGACAGUAACCGGGUCUUCAAGACCAGCCCCCAUGCAAGGCGGCUCAAGCACUCUGCGGUCAUGACUCCUCCCCCCAUACACCUCAACGGAAUGGUGAACCAGGAGUAUGCAGCCCAUGGCAAUGUGAUGAGCUUGAGCAAUUUCGGCCACAGCGUGAACUCACCGAGCAGCAGUGACAACUUCACUGAAACCCACCUGACUCGCAAGGAGCGGAAUCAGAUCAUGACGGGAGUAAAGAGCAUUGCAGUGAAGGCGGCCCGCCGGCGCUCCAAGGUGCUGGAGGGAGACCCCCUGAGGCUGCUCCCCGCUGCGGACCCCUCCAAAGAGAAGAGCAGCAUGUCCCUGUGCUCGCUGGAGGAGAGCGAGGACCCCCCGGGCCCCCUGCGAGGCUUGGCCCCUGGGUUUGACAGACCCCCCAGCCCUGGGAUGCAGCAUGCAGCCAGCGAAGACAGCCUGUCCAGCAGUACCACCGAUGGGGCGGGGCCUACACACACCUGGACACGCCCACACCCGCGCAAGGGCGGAGCCAAGAAGGCAGUACAGAGGGACCCCGAUGUCGAGGCCAGGAGACGGAAGAGGAGGUCCAGAUCGUUUGAAGUCUCCGGGCAAGCGCUCCCGAACUCCAAGAGCACGGCCCCCCGAUUCCGCCCGCUGGACAGCACCUCGGACCCCCGCAUCCACAUCAACGGGCAGCCUGCCCCCCUGCCGCGGCCCCAGGGCAGAGGGCUGCUCCCACUCUCCAGGGUCAGACUGCCCCAGCAGGGCUACCACCCAGGGCCAGCCACGGCAGCCUCCGACUCCUCCUCCUCCAGCGUCCCCCUGAACCGACCCGGGAACCUGAAACGAGAGCCCCCUUCGAAACAGAGGCAGCCCCUCCUCUACAUCACCACCACUGGAGCACGCAAACACUGAACCGGGAGCACAGACUGACACCCUGCAGCCCCCACAAUGCAGCUUGAUUUCUCUAUAAACAAACACCGAGAGUCUCCAAACCGCUCCCACCCCACCCCCACCUCCUGUGCAUUUAAUAGUUUGCGUUUUCAGGACUGAGGCUACACGCAGGCUCAAAGCGUUACCGAACACUCAAGAUGUGCGAUUCAAUAGGAAAGCAAACCUGUUCACAUUGAAAAAUACAAAGGAUGAAGGUUCAAUCUGAGCUACGAGGCUGCUUCAGUGGAAACAGUUUGUGUUUGUCUUUUGACUGGCCACAGGUACAAUAAUCAUCCAACGAAUGUGUUUUAUAAUCUAACAUAAUCUGGAACCAAAAAUAAGGUCCAGAAAACAAAAGUUUGGACACAGCUGGUUAACCUGUUUGCUAGUGAGUCUAGUGCAUGCAAUCCAUUGAGACGUGCAGCUUUUACAAGGAAAUCGAGGAAAAUGCUAUCGGCACAUAUAACAAAAACAGUUAACCCAUAUAUGCAUAAUAUAUACAGUACACACUAUGUUUAAUCACUUUGCAGUGUUUUAGUAGUUGUAGGUGCCACAGUACAGUAUGACAUGCCACUCUGUCACAAGGAAUAGGGUCCUGAUUAGUGUAGAGUCUCUUGGACUGGGGGACACGAAGGGAGGGGGAUACUUGUAGUUGCUACACUCUUACCAGCAGGGGGAGUGGUGGUCAUGCGAUGUUUUCAAACCAACCAGGAAACUUAAAAAAAAGAUUUUAUUGUUUGAGCUCCUAAAGUUAUCGCAGACAGCAGGGGUUGUUGGAAGAUAUUGUCGUUCCACAGUGUCCCGCCUGCAUCAGCAAUCACCAGUCACCUUCGCUUGAACACUAUGAAGAAUACGAGUUCAAAGGGGGCUUUAAAAUAUUGAUAUUGUCUUUUUCUCCUCGCCCCUGACAGACAGUGCUUAACUAUAACAAUAUAUAACCUCUCUGAAACUGUUUGCUUUUUUAUCGUUCUGAACUUUUAAUCUACAUCACAUUUUGUAAUUAAAUAUUUGAGUCUUUUUUAUGCUUUUUUUGUAAAUUAUGUAUUAAUUUUUUUUUUCUUUUAUAAAGUAUUAUCGAAAAAUGUUACAAUUUUUUUUUUUGAUGUUUCUUGACAGUGCCGGCAUUAAACUGUUAGCCAUUUACAGUG